UAUAUGACUGUUUUUCUCUCUCGCUGAUCCAAGACGUGCUGUGUAUAACGUCACAUGUUGUUUGUUUUUUAAGCUCAGUCAUUCUGAGCGAGGAGUUGUUUUGCGGCGAACUACUAGACAUCACAUUUUGAAAGAGAGCGGAAAUAUCCAAUUCUCCGAUAUUUCAGCUUUUCAUCUCUUUUUCUACGGAUGGAUAAAAAGUUCUUGAAACUGAAUAAAUAAAUGUUAAACGCAAGAAUGGCAAGUCCGCCUCUUAAAGGGGGACCCGCGUUAUCAAAUGACAACAACAUUCAUUCAAACAACAUCAGAAAAUGCGGAUACCUCAAGAAGCAAAAGCACGGACAUCGGCGCUAUUUUGUUUUGAAGGAUCAGAGUGACGGACUCCCUGCGCGGCUGGAGUACUAUGAGAAUGAAAAGAAAUGGAAAAACAAGUCCGCUGCAAAAAGAGUCAUAUUCAUCGACUCCUGUCUGAGCAUAAACAAGCGCGCUGACGCGAAACACAGAUAUUUAAUAGCACUAUAUACCAAGCACGAGUAUUUUGCUGUUGCUGCGGAGAAUGAGCAAGAACAGGAGAGCUGGCACGCAUACUUAACCGAUUUAUUAAGUAAGGGAAAAGUGUGUGACAGCUCCGUUUCUAGUUCGGCAUCAUCUCUGGUGGGCUUCGAGGAGGGAAAUUACGGAAUGAUUACACCAGUGAAUGCCGCGUAUAAAGAGGUAUGGCAAGUAAAUCUUAAAGCAAAGGGACUUGGGCAGAGCAGAAAUAUCACUGGAGUUUACAGACUGUGCUUAUCAAGUCGGACAAUUAGCUUUGUGAAACUUAACUCGGAGGUGGCAUCUGUCACACUGCAGUUGAUGAAUAUACGCAGAUGUGGGCACUCUGAUAGCUUUUUCUUCAUUGAGGUGGGAAGAUCUGCUUCUACUGGACCCGGAGAGCUGUGGAUGCAAGCAGACGAUUCUGUGGUGUCACAAAAUAUACAUGAGACCAUUUUAGAAGCUAUGAAAGCGAUGAAAGAGCUGUCAGAGUUCAGACCACGCAGCAAAAGCCAGUCAUCAGGAUCAAAUCCCAUCUCUGUACCCACUCGGCGGAACCUAAACAAUCUACCCCCUAGUCAGACGGGGUUGGUGAGGAGGUCAAGGACGGACAGUACAGCAGCAACAUCUCCUGUCCCCAAAUUUUCCUCUUGCCGAAUACGCACAGCAAGUGAAGGGGAGGGUACCAUGACCAGGCCUGUCUCCAUGUCAAUAUCUGAGAAUGGGAGCCCGAUAACUGUUGGCCGGAACCACAUGAGCAGAUCUAACACAGUCUCUGUGGGCUGCCGGACAUCAGAACCAUCACUGCUUCAUCACAGCAGGUCCAUGUCCAUGACAAUGUCCCACUCGCCACCAUCUGCUGUAAGCCCACUAAGUUUGUCCUCAAUCAGUAUGAAUGGAUCCAUCUCAUCUGCAGUACACAGACCCUCCAGCUGCAAUGAUUCUGUUUCUGGGUCACCCAACGAUACUGGCUUCCUCUCAUGUGACGAUUACAGUUCUAGCCCAGGGGAUGUGAGGUACAACCUAGCAAACAGGAGUGACACUCCUUCUUCUCUCUCCAGUACACCACCCUCACGAGAAGCCAGUGAGCUCCAUGGUUACAUGGUGAUGGACAGGCCAACCCAAAACAAGAUGUGGCCAAGUAGCAGAGAAAUGCUGGAUGUGGAGACAUACCGGAAGAGGACGUAUUCUCUGACAACCCCGCGGCAACAGGUAGCACACUCCCAGGUAUCCUCAGCGUCACUUGAUGAAUACAUGCUGAUGAGGGCUGCGAACAGCCACUUUGGACGGAGCACAAAUUCUGCCUCUCCUAAAGUCUCAUACCCAGAAGAUUAUGGGGACAUUGAGGUUGGCUCUAACAGUAAUGUGGGUGAUGAUGGCUACAUGCCUAUGACACCAGGCAUGGCACCUCAGGGUACCAAAAAUGAUCACUACAUGCACAUGAGUCCUAUGAGUAUUUCAGCACCCAAGCAGAUCAUUAACCCGAGGUUACAUCCCCAGCUCACAGGCAGUGGCUGCACUACUAACUCGCCCAGCAGUGGAUCUCUAGAAGACAGCGGGUACAUGAAGAUGUGGUCUGGAUCCAAGUUUUCUCUUGAGAGCUCUGACGGGAGAGCGGUGAGUGGAGAAUACAUGAAUAUGUCGCCUGUUGACUCAUGCGUCUCGCCCACACCACCAGAUUAUUUGCUGGGUCAGUGUGAACCAACACAACGGCCCUCCCCAUCUCUAAGUAUUCGCUUCAACAAGCAACAGGCACCUAAACGGGCAGAGGAUGACCAGUAUGUUUUGAUGAGUCCCCAGAGCCAAAAUCCAACAGAAGAGGCAAACAGGGUUUCUGCCCUGCCCCCUCUCCGUCGCCCCGAUGGCAUAGCACAUAGAGCAAGAGUCAACAGGCCCAAUAGGUUAUCUCUAGACACUCUGAGGAUGCUUCCCAGCAUGACAGAACAUCCUCUCCCUUGUGAGCCUAAAAGCCCUGGUGAGUACAUCAACAUAGACUUUGCUGCUGCUACACAGUACUCUUCUCCCUCUAUGGUUUCUGUGGAAAGCCAAGGCUCAUUGUCCAACCUCAGACAGGGAUCCCCCCUCUCAGACUACAUGAAUCUCAACCAGAAUUCACACUCUCCUAAACUGAGGGAAGCACUCAGCAGUCCCCUGGAUGGAAUGCCAGAGCUGGCUGAAUGCCCAUGCCCACCUGAUGAGAGGGCUUUUUUCCUCAAUGAACAGAGGAAAUUACCAUGCCCAUCUGGCACAGGUAACGAUAACUACACUGAGAUGAGUUUCAACAGUGGUCAGAUCUCACCUCCAUUCCUGACUGAGAAUGAUGAGAAUGCUUCAGUCAGCCCCACUAGCAGGGUUCAAAGGGUUAAUUUAAGCGACCAGGGUGUUUCAACUGGAAUUGGUGCUUUCUUGUUGGCUGCCUCCUCUGUAGACCCAAAUGGAGGAGCGAAGGUGAUCCGAGCAGACCCUCAGGGCCGGAGACGGCAUAGCUCUGAGACCUUUUCAUCCACCACCACAGUUGCACCUGUCUUUCCUUCCUUUGCACACAAUGUUAAGCGCCACAGCUCUGCCUCAGUCGAGAACAUCUCUGUCCGAAGCAGUGAAGGUUCUGAUGAGGAGUAUGGGUCUCCCAUGUGCCGAGAGACUUCAGCUAGUUAUCGGAAUGGACUUAACUACAUUGCCUUAAACCGCAUGGAGAAACAAGAGAUGGGCAAUUGUGAGCUUGUGGGCUUCAAGACUGGUGGUUGCUCCAAAGCAGGAAUAAAUGGAUUACAUGCAACUUCAUAUGUGUGUCUGGGAUUCAAAGAGACUGCUACCACUGUACAAGAUUGAGCAGGAAGCAGAUGUUACUCCUCCUGGUACUGAGGCAAAGUGGAAGCUCAACCAGCAACUGGUCUGGAGUAUGCUGCUGUAAAUGAACUGUGACCUUUACACCUCAUCCUAAAGCUGAACGUCAGUGAUUAUUCCAGUGAGGCCACUUUAACAUGCUACUCCUGUUUUUACCAUCUGCACCAUUUUUUAGGAACUGCAAAGCUGCUGCUGCUCUGUUGGUAACAAGAGUCAUGAAACCUACAUGCCACUUGUAUGUUUGAACAUUUAUUAUUGUUGUUGAUGUGAACACUUUGUUUUGGGUUUGUUCAAAUUCAGAACAAUGAUUGGAAUAUAGUUUACCCUGAAAUCUGUAAUCUUUAUUUACCUGACCUAAACAACUGUAAGGUAUCUUUUGCCCUGUCGUACGAAUAGCUAUAUUUGUGGCAUUUUAGUAACUUUAAAUGAUAAUGACUAAAAUAUUUCAACAAGUCCUCUUUCGGGAAAAGACUUGUAUUGAUGUACUCAAUUCAGAAGAGAUAAAUAAUUCUGAAUAAUUUUUUCUUCAAAAUUAAAUGUUCUCAUAUGACCAAUCCAAAGCCUUACUCUAUCUAUCUGCAAAAUUGUGACUACGUAUUUGGACCUAAACAAUCAGAAAGUUAUCAAAAAUAUAAGAUAUUUAUUGUAUUCACUCUAUUUUUCUAAAUAUUUAGUUUAUUUAAUAAUUACAUAGUAAGUUGCUAUAUAAGAGUCCACUUUUGAUAUGCAGAGUUCCCUACCACUUAAUCAGAGGUGGUUAUUGCACAUAAUAUUUAAUAACUACACAAAUAGAUAUUAUAUUUCUGACCAAAUAUGGUCAGUCAUUCACUCUUAUGUUUCCUUAGAUUCGUUGCCACUUUCUCACCUUGCAACAUAAAACAUGGCCAUUCCCUUUUCCUCUGCCUCAAGUCAUAUUUAACAGUUACCAGUUAUAUCAUAGUUACCAGUGAAUUAAGUUAAAAACACAUGUAUUAGACAUCAGGGAUGCACAGAAAUGUUGGCUACAGAAAAUGUGGCCCAAAAAUAUCUGCCCCAUGUUUGUUUAGAAUAGUUAGUUUGAAGUAAAUAUUACAUUGAUCGAUAUUGACACUGUGGAGCUGCAUUAUAUAUUAUAUUUAAAUAUUGAAACCAUUUUGGAAACCAAUAUCUUAUUGUAAAGUCACACCAAUCAAAGAAAGUUAAAGUAAUCAUUUAAAAAGCAUUAUUAAUGGAAUUUAUUAGAUUCAUUUAUAAAAUGAGUACUUUUGUUUUUCAGAUUAGUGGAUCCAGAAUUUGGCAAGAAUUUCUGUUCAUUUCAGUUCAUCAUUACUAGACAACAGUUUAAUGCUUGUCUGUCUUAAUCCGCUCACAUUGACUCUGUGUUGAUAUGAGGCAGUGAUGUCUCAUUCAACUAGAUUGUACCAUGACGCAUCUGAAUGUCGAGCACAAAGCCCACUUACAUGAGAGAACUGAUUAGUGGGGCAGAAAGAAAAUGAUCACAACAUGAGUCAUUUUUAGCCACUGUCUGCUUUUCCCUGUUUUAUUUUGUUGUGAACUAAAUAAAAGCUGUGAUGUGCUUAGCAUUUUCAUAACAUUUAAAAAUACUCUUCAUCCAACGCAAUAUAUUAGUGUCUUAUAUUAAAAUAUUAAGCAAACUGCUAAGAAGAAAAUAAACAAGAAAUGCAAGAUACUAAGCAUUGCAUUGCUGAAACAUGUUUUGUUCAUAUCUUAAUAAAUCUAAAAACACAUGUAUAGCACUGAUAUAGAUGUGUUGAUAGUAUUUUAUGUUUAAAGCCCUGAAAAGGAGUGACACUAAAUGACUAAAUGAGUAAUUUCUUGAUGUGAUGGUACAUAUUCUACUAGAUUCUUGAGAAGGUCUUGCUUCUUAGGUAGCUUUCAUUCACCCUUUCUAUAUGCAAUAAUUACAAAUCAGAUUAGUUUACAAAGUGGAACCAAAUGGAUAAAUAUUAUGUUAAUAUAUUUGUUAAAAGAUUUUACAGAGAUAUUGAAUUUAUGCUGUUUAUACAUUUCUUUCUGCCAACUUUUAAAGCUUAUUUUAUUUUGCUUUUUGAAACUAAAAUAUAUAUAUAUAUUCAACAGUGUUCUUGAAGAUCUCGACUAUAAGUAUAAAAAUAUCUAUCGUUUGUACGUAUCAAAGGGUUAAUAUAUUUUCAAUAUUUGCCAGGUUUAAUUGAACAAGCUGUGUCUUCCAUUGUACAAAUGUCACAUACUGUUCAUUGUUAUGCUGUUGAGAGAUCAUUUAAUAUAUCCUUGAUGAAUAUUGCUUUUGUUUGUGUUGCAAAAGAUAGUCACAUGCAAUAAAUGAAUAAAAUCAUU